GAAGUUGCGGCCAUAGUCAACGAUCUUCCACCUGUGCAUCCCGACUCGUUACUUGGCGAGUGGCGGGGAGCCGACUUGGAUACCGGUCACCCUGGAGUUGAAGCCAACAAGGAAACCAGAUGGGCAGGGAAAACCUUCGUCUCUGUAGAUGAUAUCAAACCAAUGAUGGACUUUGAUGAAAGAGGGAACAGAGUAUGGAGAGAAGAUAUUGGUGGCGCGCGUUACAACGGAAUCGUGUCCUCGGCCAUGAUUCACAAUAAGCAACCCAUUAUUGAUCAUCUUCGGAAAGUGAAUGACUCCAUGGUUGCAGGAGUGAUGGAUACGCAGUUGAUGCCUGGGGCUGGGAAUUAUUAUUUUUACUUGACUAGGGUGUAG